CCGAUCAUGGGUGACUGGAGCUUUCUGGGUAAUAUUUUAGAGGAAGUCAACGAGCACUCUACGGUGAUCGGCCGGGUGUGGCUCACAGUGCUCUUCAUCUUUCGCAUCCUCAUCCUGGGCACAGCGGCAGAGUUUGUGUGGGGCGACGAGCAGUCUGAUUAUGUGUGCAACACACAGCAGCCCGGAUGUGAGAAUGUGUGCUACGACGAGGCCUUCCCCAUCUCCCACAUUCGCCUGUGGGUGCUGCAAAUCAUCUUUGUGUCCACGCCGUCUCUGGUGUACGUGGGCCACGCUGUCCACCAUGUCCACAUGGAGGAGAAACGCAAAGAGCGGGAGGAGGCAGAACUUAGCCGGCAACAGGAGCUGAGUGAGGAGCGUCUCCCUCUGGCACCUGACCAGGGAAGUGUCCGCACCACUAAGGAGACCAGCACGAAAGGCAGCAAGAAGUUCAGGCUGGAGGGCACCCUGUUGAGGACCUACAUCUGCCACAUCAUCUUCAAGACACUGUUUGAAGUGGGCUUUGUGGUGGGCCAGUACUUUCUGUAUGGCUUCCGCAUCUUGCCGUUGUAUAAAUGCAGCCGCUGGCCCUGCCCCAACACGGUGGACUGCUUUGUGUCUCGCCCCACAGAGAAAACUGUCUUUAUCAUCUUCAUGUUGGCUGUGGCCUGUGUCUCACUGUUCCUAAACUUUGUGGAGAUCAGUCACUUGGGCUUGAAGAAGAUUCGCUUUGUCUUUCGAAAGCCAGCCCCAGCUCCGGGGCCAUCCCAAGGCGAGGGGUCGGCCCCCCUGCCGCCACAAGGGAAGAGCCUGCCCCCCUUGGCUGUUCCCUCUCUGCAGAGAGCAAAAGGUUACAGGCUGCUGGAGGAGGAGAAAGCUCCCCCCAUGACUCACCUCUACCCACUGGCUGAGGUGGGCAUGGAGGCUGGCAGAGGGGCUCCACCCUUCCAGGGGUUGGAGGAGAAAGUGGAGGAAGUGCUGCCCAUGGAGGACAUCUCUAAGGUGUAUGACGAGACUCUGCCCUCCUACGCCCAGACCACUGAGACAGGAGGGGUGACAUUACACGAGGAAGAGCCUGAGGAGGUGCAGCCGCCAGAGGUGGAAGCAGAGAGGGUGGAUCUGGCUGCAGAAGAGGACAUCGAGGUAGAGGAGGCGGUGAACGGGGAGGGGGCAACUCCAGCAGAGGCAGGAACGGAAGCUGCAGAAACGAUAGAAGACAACAGGCCGCUGAGCCGACUGAGCAAAGCCAGCAGCAGGGCCAGGUCAGACGAUCUCACCGUAUGAACCUGUGAGACACCUGCACACACUAAAACGUUCAAUGUGAAAGAGAGCACACACACCUAUCUCAAGACAAUGCACACUCUUGAACAGGCAGGUCAGAAACCAAAUGUAUGAAAAACAAAAUCAACAGGGACUAAAACCUUUUAGGAUUACCAAGCUACAAAAAAACCCAACAAAAAAAAACAAAAAAAUGUUUGUGAUAACUUUAAAAAAAAGAGUAGAUGUUAAAAAAGAGGAGGAGUUUUUUUUUUUUUUAUUAAGCGUGUUCUUAUAUUUAAAAAUAUAUUGAAAGGACACAUGUGAGGGAGGAUGUUUUUACUUGACGAUCCUUGUUCAAUUUUUAGAAACAUCUUUUCUAUUGAAAGACUUAUAAUAGUAUAUACUAGAGGGAUAGACCUUUUUACACAGGGUUUGAGUAGAUAGGAGAAAAGGGGGGUUAUAAUAUACUUGUGUGUCUGCAUUUCAGUUCUAUCGCCGUAGUUAGGCACCGACUUUCAUUCCCAUUCAGGCACCACAUACUGCAAAUGCAGCACGUUGCUGCAAGCCUUGCCAGCGAGAAUGCUCUCGCGUGGAAAAUACACCCGACUAAACGUCGGCACAUUAACAUGUAGCCUGCAAAGGUCUUUGUGAAGAAGCAGAACAAGUCCAUUUUCAGGUUUUAGAAGAGCAUUCCUCUUUUGCACAUUCAGAGGUUUCAGCUCUAUGCAAGGCCUUUAACCCUCACAACACCUCAUCCAUUGCAUCCAUGUACACAAGAUUCUUUCGAGUAAACAGAGAUGUGCAUCAGCAUUGGAGCGUUUCUCUCUUUUUCAUGUUUAUAUACCAGGUAGCGCAGCCAGAGCUGAGUAAGUCCGGAGAAAAGAAAAAAAAAAAACAGAAAAAAACAGAGACCACAUGUUGAAUGUCUUUUUCAGUCUGCAUUUCUUCUUUUUGAGAUUUGCUUAUGUUGAGUUGCCUUCAAGAGCGCUGCGUACUGUGAUAUCAACAGUCCGUGGAAGAGAGCAGAGCUUAUUUUGCCCUAUCAGAGAGUGAACUAUAGCCGCGACCUCAAACCAAAUCCUCUCUUUUCGUGCUAUACAAACAAGCGUCCGGCUGAUAAAGAUCAUGCACCAUCAGCACAAAGUAUUGUUGGAGGCGGGACAAUAAAAGAAACCGUGCUCAUCAAUGAAAACAAGCAUCCUUAACCUGGCUGUGGAAAAAAAAAUUUUUUUGCUUGAUUUUAUGCGAGCACAGCAGAGAACAUACCCCUUAAGAAAACACAAUAGUUGUGAUAUGCUUAUAAAUACAGAGAGAAACAACUGUGGCUCCCCCACAGUUGCGGGGGAGUCCCGCUGUACAUAAUGCCCUAUCACGUGCCUAAUAUUGUACAUAGUGUGCAGCUGUUUUUAGUUAUUUCACUGUCCACUGCAAACACACAUUCUCAUUGUGACAACACUAAUAAUUUAAUCUCACAAGUCCACUAUAGAUAGAAAAUGCCCAGCAGCAGGAUCAUCUGAGUAAAGGAGACCCAUUUCCUCACUAUUACAAAGUGUGUUUAAGCCUUAAAAUACACCUUGGAUUUAUUACAAAUCUUCACACUUUUUCUGGCUUUCUUUUUUACUCAAACCAAUGCAACUGUAAGACUUCCAGUGCCUUUUCUGUAAGUGUUAGUUAUUGUAAGUGGUUAUAUUGCUCUGGGAACUACAUAAACUUGAUGUUUUACUUCCUUUUUUUUGUUUUUUAUGAUUGGUUUCAUUUCUUUGUGACCCCUCUGUACACACAAACACCUACGCAUAACAUCACGUCUCUGUAAUAUACCUACAAUGAUAAUAUAAUGACUUUUAUUUUAAACAUGUUCAGAUAUCGGUGCAUAAAGCUUCACGUUUGUGGACAUGAAUCCAUUCAUGCAAAAUGGGCUGAUGCUCAAUCUGUGCCUCUGUGCCACACAUGUACAUCUCAAAGUGUUCGAUUUGGGGGGACGAUCCAAAGGCUCUAGGGAAACCUGUAGAGAAAGCAUCUUUGACCUCUUUAUGACCCCCCUCCAUCCCUGAUCUGUAAUCACCUCAACUCCCAUAAUCCAGUGUGGCAGAACCUGAGCCUUUAAUCAAUAGCCAAAUUAAUAAACACACAUAUAACAAUGUUUUGAUCAAAGCAUGCUGCUGGCCGAUUUGUACAUCAAUAUGCUGGUAAUGUAUAGUUCUGUGUAUUUUAAGACUGUUGCAUUGCCUGUAUGUUUGUAAGAAUACAUGAUUAAUCUUUGGAAAGGACAAAAAAAUCCUUUUUACUAACUUGUAGUCUUCUCUGCUGAUAGAUGUGUGGCAGUAUCUUCUUUUGAAAAGUGAACCGACGCAAUAAAA